UUAUACAAAUGUAAAUUAAUGUAUUUUCUUAUGUACCGUUUUUUAUUUGUUAGGUUGUCUCUUUCUUUUUUCAAUUAGAAAAUGCUGAUAUCUUAAGUUAGUCUUAAGUUUAACCUUCAAAGUAACUUGUAGCUAGUGUUAGCAGUUAAUUAUUAGUUUGCUAUUCUAAUAAAAUGCCUCAAGUUAUUUUAUUGUUUAGUGGCAAAAGAAAGUCAGGAAAGGAUUUUUUGACUGAUCAUUUGCAAAAUAUAUUACUAGACAAAUGUGAGAUUAUCAAAAUAUCUAAACCUAUCAAAAGUCACUGGGCUAAAGAAAAAGGCUUAAAUUUGGAUGAAUUAUUAAGUGAUGGUAAAUAUAAGGAGCAGUACCGCCUGGAUAUGAUACAAUGGAGUGAGGAGAUGAGAUUUAAAGAUUAUGGAUGCUUCUGUCGCUCCGCAUGUCAAUGUGCUCUAGAUAAACCUGUGUGGAUUGUCAGUGAUGUUAGACGGAAAACUGACAUACAAUGGUUUGAGGAAAAUUAUAGUGAAAUUGUAAGAAAAAUUCGUAUAACUGCUGAUGAUAAUACAAGAAAGGCUAGAGGUUAUAAUUUUCAAUGCGGUGUUGAUGAUGUUGCUUCAGAAUGUGAUUUAGAUGAUUAUAAAGAUUGGGAUCUUGUUAUAAAUAACGGUGAUAAUGGACAGAGUUUAGAAGAUCAAAUAAGUUCUGUAUUAAAAUUGAUAAAACAUGUUGUGUAGAGUCUGGAUUGGGUAUUACGGUGAGUAACAAAAUCAGGGUAUCUAGAGAUUUGAAAAAAUUUGAUUUAUUGUUAUUUAUGGUUAAGUGGUGUUAUUUUCUAUCUUGACGGACUUCCCAAAAGAAGGAGGUACUCAAUUUGUCUGUAUUUUUUUAUUUAGAACUUGCUUGAUAGUUUUUUGCUUUGAUUAUUGUAUUGGACUUUGUUCAAAUUAGAAAUAUUACUUUUGCAUAAUGUAAUUAGUUAUUUAAUAGUAAUUUGUUCUACAAUUUCAUGUCAAAUUAUAUUGAUUGUUGUAUCGAAGAAUUAUAGUUAUCAACUUGUUGUAAAAUGAAUCUCAAAAAAGUGUUAUGUUACAUGUAGAUUUUGUUGGAAUUUUUCAAUGUACUUUUUGUUAAUCUGUUAUUGAAUAAUGUAGUUGCAUCUAAAUUCUAUUUGGUGGAAGAGUGUUGACAAGUAUUUAAAUUAUUAAAUGUAUUAGUUAUUUUUAAACAUUAACGAAAAGCAGCACAUACUGUGCUGACCUUCCA